AUGGAUAUCAAACCGACCACUCAACUCAAUGCUAAACUAUUUGAUUUUAUUGGUCCUGACCUUCAAUCACUUUCGGAAGCUCAAGGUGCAGCAGCAGCGGUAUUUCGACUUAUUGAAGAGAGCAAUGAUGCAAGUAUCAAUGAAACAGAUGUAUGGAAACAGGAUACAGAAGCAAAUUAUGAUAUCAAUGGUGACAUUGAAUUUCAAAAUGUCAACUUUAUGUACCCAUCUCGAAAAGAUGUACCAGUUCUACGCAAUCUCUCUCUGAUUGCUCGUGCUGGUCAAACAACUGCUCUUGUAGGCUCAAAUGGCUGUGGCAAAAGUACAUGUAUAUCACUAUUUCUUCGUUACUAUGAACCUUCAUCGGGACAAAUAACUAUCAAUGAUAGGCCAAUAACAGAUUACAAUGUCAAACAACUUCGACAACAGAUUGGAGUUGUUAGUCAAGAACCCACUCUGUUUGCCAUGAGUAUUUAUGAAAAUAUUCGUUUUGGUAAAGUAAAUGCAACACGAGCAGAAAUUGAACAAGCAGCACGAGAAGCAAAUGCACAUCAUUUCAUCAUGCAAUUACCAAAUAAAUAUGAAACACUUGUUGGUGAACAUGGUGUACAAUUGAGUGGUGGUGAAAAACAACGUAUUGCAUUAGCACGUGCUCUUGUCAAACAGCCUACCUUCCUCUUACUAGAUGAAACAACAAGUGCACUCGAUAAUGUUAAUGAAAAAAUUGUUCAAGAAGCGAUUGAUCGAGCAUGCAGAGGUCGUACAACUAUUGUUAUUGCUCAUCGUUUAACUACGAUUCGAAAUUCUCAUCAAAUAUAUGUAUUAGAUAAUGGAGGUGUGAUUGAGCAAGGUACACAUGAAACAUUGAUGGUAAAAGAAGGAGGCAAAUAUCAAGCAAUGGUCAAACGUCAACAAAUGACAAGAAUCUAUGAUGAUACAGAUGAUAUAAUGAGCAUACAAAAAGCAGAAGAAGAGGAGGAAAAAUCGAUAGGCAUGCUAAUAUUUUAA